CCGCGAUGCGCGAUGUGAGCGUGUCAAUCGAGAGCCUUGUCACGUCCCUUGUCCCCCAGAUUCAGUCCAAUACACGUCUCAAAGAAGAACUAAUAGCACACUGCAAGGAUAUCCUUGCAAGUAACAUUGGCACCGCACACGAGAAUGACACUGGUCAUUUAGCGGCACAGAUAAAAAGGCAUUUGUUACAAUCUGAAUCUCCGAGCAAUGCAUCGCUCAAGUUCACUAAUCUCCUCUCGCGAUUACUAGACCAACCUAUUCUUUCUCGUAAACCCGAGUCUCUCCUCUUUCUCUAUUCUCUCGCAUCCUCUCCACGCCAGCCAACCUCAAGUCCAUUCCUCGCAUCUCUCCAGGCGCCGCUUCGCCCAUCCGCAACUCCUACCACUAGUCCUACUGACCUUCCGCGCUCACCACACCCAAGGGGCAAUUCAAAAGCAGAAAUUUUGCGUGAAUAUCGCGCCCGUACUGGACGACACCAUCUGCCCGAACACUUACUUCUUCGCGAUACGUUAUAUCUCUUACAGGGAAUUUCUGGAAAAUAUGUACACUUGUCGCUCUCGGACAAUGAUGCCCAACCCAAACUCGUUUUUAUCGAAGAUUUUAAAUAUAUCAUCCCUCCCCCAACUAAAUCCCUCAUUCAUCGCCUUUCUGAGGUAGGUCAUCUCUACGCGCGCAUAGCUGCGUUCGUCGACACACAAGAUCGCCCUUCUGUCGGCAUGAUCGAGCAAAGCCUUUGCCAUCACCUCCAGACGCUGCUUACUGAGUACUAUCGACUCAUCGCCGUUCUAGAGUCUCAGAUGGGCAAUGCACCCAACUCAGCUCCAGGCUCGCAAUCGGAUCCUGUAGGAGAGGAGACUGGCCUCACCCUCAAACGUCUCGAUGUCUGGAUAACAGAAUGGCGUCUCCGCAUGCGCAUGAUGAGCGUUUGUGUUGAGGGUGCCCAUGACGCACAGGGAGGGGCACUCGUUAACCUCAUCCAUUCAUACACCGACAAUGGGGACCCAUUCGUCAGAAAAUUUACUGACCAACUUUUAGAAGAGGUAUCCACUCCCUUCUUCAAUACGCUGCACAAAUGGCUCUUCUCCGGCGAGCUCUACGACCCCCACUCUGAAUUCUUCGUUUCCGUCGACCCAUCACUUGCGCAUCUUCAAGGACUGCAUCCCUCAAGUCUUGCAGGUGGCAUCGACGCAUUCGGCGAGGAUUCCGUUAGCGCAGAUAGAAGCGAUGGCGGAGGCGGUCUCCGCGUAUGGGAGGCGAAGUAUCACUUUAGAAAAGAGAUGCUCCCGAUGUUUGUGGGCGAGAACUUUGGAAGAAAAAUCUUUUCGACAGGCAAGAGCUUAAAUUUUAUAAGAUACAGUUGUCACGAUUCGGAUUGGGUAGCGACGAGGGAGAAGAUGAGUAAUACGGGCGGAAUCCUCAAGUACAGCGAUAUCGCAGGACUGGAACGUAGUAUCGACAGCGCAUACAACACCGCCUCUGCUCGCCUGUUUGAAGUCUUCACUGAGAAAUUCCGCCUCCUCGAUCACCUCUCCGCACUCAAGCACUACCUCCUCCUUGGUUACGGUGACUUUGCUGAGCAACUCAUGGAAUCGCUUGGGCCCUCUCUCACCCGACCUGCCAACACCCUCUACCGACACAACCUCACAGCGACACUCGAGACAGCGAUUCGUACUUCAAGCGCACAAAGCGACCCACCGGAUGUUCUCCGCCGCCUCGAUGCUCGCAUGCUGGAAUACACGCACGGCGAGCUUGGGUGGGACGUCUUCACGCUUGAAUACAAGGUCGACGCGCCGCUCGAUACCCUCCUCGACCCCGGGUCUCUAGAAAAGUACAAGCGGAUCUUUGCACAUCUGUGGGCGAUGAAGCGCGUAGAAGGCGCGUUGAGCAGUGGCUGGAUGAGGGUUGCUGGUGCUGGACGAGUCGGAGGGCGGUUGGAAGAACUGGAGUAUGAUUGGCACCAGAUCCGGAUCACGACUUCAGAAAUGAUCCAUUUUAUUCGCCAGAUGCAGGCAUACACACAACUCGAGGUCAUUGAGUGCUCGUGGAAGGCUCUUAUGGAAUUCUUUGCGAGACGGGAGGGUGAUCUUGACGCUAUGAUCGAUGCUCAUCAAUCAUAUCUUGAUCGUAUGGUCAAGAAGGUGUUGCUAAUCAGUCCUAAGGCAGGGAGAGAGGAGAGCUUGUUGACCCAAGUCCGGGAGGUAUUCUCGACGAUCCUUCAGUUCCGCGAGGCAAUUGAUAAUUUCUACAACUACACCCUAUCCGAGUCAGCUCGGUUAGACCAAGUGCGAGAUGCUGCCCGUGGGGUAUACACUGCACCCACCUCGAUGGCUCACACCCAGUCGCUUUCUCAGAUUCGCAAACUCCUCAAGGAAUAUAGCACUGCAUUCAGUGAGCGCAUGCAAAUUAUCGUGCAGGCUUUGCAGUCACAUCCAGAUUUGGAUUGCCGGUUCCUUGGCAUACGACUCUCGUUUUCAGAGUUUUAUCGUUCGAAGAAGGAUAGGGAGGUUCUUGCAGCGCAGAGAUCGUGACCACAAGCGUAAUAAAGUGCAUUCAUAAAAUACGCUAGGAAUACAGUGACGACAUGAAUGAUACAGACCAGAUGAACAAAUUUGUUGC